AACAGGGGGGCCCACCCUAGCAGCGGUCAGGGUCCGGCCGCGUGACCUUGGACCGACGGCCGCCAUGUCCUAGGCUGUAGAGCUUUGAGUGAAGUCUGGCCAGGUGUACACCCCGCCUUGGCUCCCGCAGCGCCAACCGCGGUCUGCUGGGGUUUCCUGAUACUCCCAGGGCUGGAACCCCAGGCAGCUCUGAUGGCGGUCUUGGUGGGAGGGUCCUGGUUGAGAGGCUGGGGCGGCAGCUUCCCCAGAAGCGAAAAGUCCUGCUGAAGCUGCCGUGAGAGAUCCUGUCCCCUCGGGGAACUGAGGCCUAGAAGGGCAGGGAACUGGCAGGGAGCAUAGAGCAAUGGGGGAGGCCCCCCCCCCCGGCCUCCCAGACUCAGUGUUUUGUCUUGCUAGAGUUCUUCACUCUAGUUCCUUAUGUCCCAGGUGGCCUGUGUUCCCUUGCAGGCAGAAACCAAAACUCAGGUUGUGUGUGAACCUCGGUUUGCUUUGCUAAAUUGGGGAGGGAGAGAGCAGUAAUUCCUGCUCUGGUUAAGGCACAGGGUUGGUGAGAAAGGAAGUGCUGGUAAACUCUAAAGUGAGGUCCCAGCUCCUGGGAGAAGUCAAGAGCAUGUGGGAGCCUGACCCUAAGGAAUCAGCAGGAUACUGACUGUGACUGCAGCAAGGAGUAGGGUCUGGAGUUACCCGGGGAUUGGCCUCCCUAAUCCUCUAAUUAUCUAAUUCUGUGAUCUUGGACCAGACACUUGCAUGUUCUGAGCCUCACUCAGGGAAGUAAUGACUCAUAUUUACAGUGAGCUUUCUAUGGGCAGAUACUCUGCUAAAUUGUUCACAUUCAGACUCUCAUUAAUCCUCAUAACGACUUCCUGAAGUCAGUUACCAUUGUUAUUUGCACUUUGGGAAAUGAGCAGACUGAGGUUGAGAGUGAUUAAGUAUUCAGGGCCUGUGAGCCACCUUCCUUCCUUGGCAACAGCUGCCAACUGAAGCCAGGCCAGCACCUUCCAGGCAGACCCUAGCUCUCAGCCUCUUGGCUCCACAGGCAUCAAUGUCUAGCAGCAGCUUUGAACUUGGAAGGCCUCCUCUACCCUUAUCACCUCCCAUAGGAGUACCUCUGAGUCCCUGUGGGCCAUCUGGCCUGUGCCAAGACUGGGGAUGGUCAUGUAGGGAUGUUUAGCUCUCAGGAGGUGGAGGGGAGGCAGGAUCAAAUGGUUCUAGAGAUCAGGGUAAGAAGAGGAGGGGCAGAGUCCCCAAGAGCAGGGGUCCUGUGCUACACUGACAGUUGGCCAUAGAGGAUGCACAGACAGUGUCAAAGCUUGGCCAGAGAUAGCCUAGCCAGGCAGUGCCAGAGCCCCAGCCACAGAGUGAGGAGGGAGCUGUGAACGGAGGGCCACAGGCCAGAAGUCAGGGGAAAGGCGAACAUAGCGGUGACAAGUAGCCCAGGGCAUCUCAGAGGAUAAGGCCUUUUGGGGGAAAAAAUGCCUUCCAUGCACCAUUCAAGCAGGUCUGUGUGCCUCCGGUGGUCUGAGGGCUAGGAGGAGGCAAAUGCAAUCCUCUGCCUGCCUGCCACCGAGGACUUCUCAGUUUGUGCAGUGGGGAAGGCAGACAGCACCUCGAAUCCCACAUGCUGAGGGCCUCAGAGAGGGAAAGACACCAGAGCAUUUGGAGGUUCAGAGAUGGUUCAAGACACCCUUGCAGAUAAGGGAUAUGCAAAUACAAGGGCUGGGGAGUAAACAGCUGUGUAGAGAAAAAUAACAGGCAGUUGUAGCUACAGCCAGGGAUUCUUGAAGAGGAAGGCAUCCACAGUAAGGGGACAGUGCCCUGCUGAGACCUCUCCCUGCACUCCGUCAGUAGGGGGAUUACUUUAGGACAUGAACACCUACGGGGUAGGGCUUGGGUCUCAGCACUUGUAGCGUCCCCAGAGCCUGACACACAGUGGGUGCUUAAUAAGCUCACUUCUUCCAGCAAAUGUCUAGCAAGUUACUGCUAAGCAUCAGACACUAGGCACUGGGAAUAACAGAGAACAAGAUUAGCAAGUUCUGGAAUUCCUGUUGUGGCUCAGUGGUAAAGAGCCCAACUAGUAUUCAUGAGGAUGCGGGUUCCAACCCUGACCUCGCUCAGUGGGUUAAGCUGUGAGCUGUGGUGUAGGUCGCAGAUGUGGCUUGGAUCCCACAUUGCUGUGUCUGUGGCUUAGGCCAGCAGUUACAGCUCCAAUUGGACCCAUAGCCUGGGAACCUCCAUAUGCCACAGGUGCAGCCCUUAAAAAAAAAAAAAAAAAAGAUUAGCAAGUUCUCUACCAUUAGGAAGCUGACAGUCUAGUGGGCUGACAGAGUAGCUUUAUUUCAUUUUCAUGUUUUUGUUGCUUUUGCUCAGUCCUGUGAAAGAAACAAGGAAGUACUGUGAAGGAGGCCCCAUCUCCCCAAGGUGUAGUCAGAAAAGUCUCUCAGGAGGAGACUUGAGCUGGGUCCAGAAUGACAAAAAUGGGGCAGUACUGAGGGGAAAGAGAGCUGCAUGGAUAAAGGUCCUGGGGUGAGGGCCAAGGUGUGGCAGGGGGGUGGCCAGGCCCCGUAGGCCUUAGUAAGAAGUGCGAACUUUAAGAGCAAUGGGAGACUGUGGACAGAAACAGGAAAAUGGCUAGGGGACAGAAACUGAGGCAGAAGUCAGGCAGGACUGACCCCCCAGGGCUGAAUCCAAGGCAGUGGGCAGAGGCAAAUGUUGGAAAGCUUGGAGUGAAGGCCCCAGCUAGGUGGAGGGCAGGGUCACAUCAGCACCUGCCAAGGGUUUCACACACAUUCUUGUCCCGAGUGCUCACAGCGCCCUACAGGCUGGCAUCUGUGAGUGUGUGUUUCACAGAAGCCAAGUGACUCAGCCAGCAAGUGGCCUGCACUUAUCCAUGCCAUCCUGCCUUCAGUGGCCCCACAGGGGACUUUGUGCAGCUGCCUGUGCCCAUCAUCCAGCAGCUCUACCACUGGGACUGCGGCCUGGCCUGUUCCAGGAUGGUGCUGCGGUACCUGGGCCAGCUGGACGACAGUGAGUUUGAGAGUGCCCUGCAGGAGCUGCGACUAACCAGGAGCAUCUGGACCAUCGACCUGGCCUACCUGAUGCGCCACUUUGGCGUGAGGCACCGCUUCUGCACCCAGACACUGGGUGUGGACAAGGGCUAUAAGAACCAGUCCUUCUACAGGAAGCACUUCGACACAGAGGAGACCCGGGUGAACCAGCUGUUUGCACAGGCCAAGGCCUGCAAGGUGCUGGUGGAGAAACGCACCGUGAGUGUUCAGGACAUCCAGGCACACCUGGCACAGGGCCACGUGGCUAUUGUGUUGGUGAAUUCGGGGGUGCUGCACUGUGACCUCUGCUCCAGCCCCGUCAAGUACUGCUGCUUUGCCCCCAGUGGCCACCGCUGCUUCUGCCGCAGCCCCGACUACCAAGGCCACUUCAUCGUGCUACGCGGCUACAACCGGGCCACCAGCUGCAUCUUCUACAACAACCCAGCCUACGCCGACCGAAUGUGCAGCACCAGCAUCAGUAACUUUGAGGAGGCCAGAACCAGCUACGGCACAGACGAGGACAUCCUCUUUGUCUACUUGGACAGCUGACAGCAGGAGCCUGGUGUGCCCAGGCCCUCGGACCCUGUCCCUCCCAGCUGGGCCUACUCAGGAGGCCCUGGACCAGGUGACAACACCCGGGGAGCUCUAGGAGGCCCUGGCCUACCGCCUUAGCCCCUGGUGCCACAUGGUCGUGCUACCUACCUGCACACCUGCUGGUUGCUGGAGGCAUCCUCACACCAUCUGAACAGAGCCUCCCCCAGGACCCCAAGGGGGACUCCAGCAGUGCCCAAGGGACAUCCACCCCCUUGGGCACCCGUUGCCUGCAAGCCGGACGCAGAGCAGGGGGAGAAGCCUGAGCCCAUCUCCCUGCAGACCUGGUGACUGAGCCCUGGAGACACAUGUUGCUGGUCUGUUUGUUUGGAGACUGUAGCGACCUGGGCCCCAGGGGCUGCAGAAGUACUGCCCCACCCUCCACCUCCACCCCAAGGCUUGGGUGGAUGGCGCCUCCCAGUGGAUGCAGUUCCUGUGGCUGGUUGCAAGGCCUCCAGCCCCUAUGGAAGGUUGGGCCUCAGACAGAAAGGACUCUGCUGCCCUUCCUGGGCACCCCAGCUCUAUAGGGUGGAAACCUGGGAUGUGGGCAAUACUCAGGAACUGGCCUGAGGGCGGGGAACAGCCGCCUGGGCCCAAAGCUCCCCCAGCCACGAGGCCUUUUGCAACUGGCCUAAGUCCCCAUAGUGGGGCCUGCCUCAGUGCAGGGCGCCCCAGGGGUCAGGGUCAGGUGCUGGGCCCUGGGCCCACCCACGCGCCUGGUCCAUGGCCAAGGGCAGUCUCUGGCCUCCACCACCCUCCCUGGUGUUCACACCAGCACCUUUUGCACAGAAUAUUGGGUCUCUUCUGUCUUGAUGGAGAAGGGUGUUGCCUGCUCAGGAUCACAAGGCAUGGCACCACAGCAUGGACUAGAACUGUUUCCUUUUUCUGUCUUUCUUUGGGGGGAGGGUGGUUUUUGAGAUUUAAGUUUUCACUUUAUGGGGUUGAGACUCAGCCUCAAGUAGGACAAUAAUAGUAAGAUUGCAGGUACUUUGGAACCACUGACACCUCUUCAUGGGGCGGAUAAGCUAAUCCACAUUCUCUUUCAAAAAGAAGGAGACUUGUGGCCAGCAGGCUGAGUGCCAGGGCCCCUCACCUUUUGGGCAGAAUCCAGCCCAGGGUGCUGGUGGAGGUGGGUCUUGAACCCAGGUCUGUACCUGAAAAAUAAGGGAGAUGGAUCAUUGCCAGUAGGGCUUGGGAUACCCAACCCUCCUGGGUUGCCUCUGGCUAGUGGUGCAGGGGUGUCCCAGCAGCCAUCCUGCCCCAGCACCUUGCGUCUUGGGUCUUCCAGGCCCUCAGCAUGACACGGUGGCAACUGCUGUACCUGCCCCGACUGUAGACCACUUAGACGACUCAGCAUUUUCCCCACCUGCCCCUCUGGGCUGGUGCUGCUCCAGGGCCAGGGGGGUGGAGGGCUGGGCUCUGCUGACCAGGGCCGCGCUGCCCCUUGACACCAGGCAGCCUUGACCAAGGGUGUCAGAGGCUAGUGCUGCCUUGAGGCUGGUCUUGUCUCCGUUGCCUUAAUGCUGGGUGGCUCAAGGUCCCACCAUCAGGAGUACGUGCCGCAGCUGUGGGGUUUGGGUGUUCUCAGGAGGAUCCAGGUAAAACUGGUGAGAACUGCUGCAUCAAGGGGAACAGAGAGAAAGUGAUAGUGUGAGUGAGGCCUAGCACACUGCUAGGGGGCUGUUACAGCACCGCAGACUAGCAUGCAGACAUGUUACUCCCUGGGCUUGCACGAGGGCUGUCCAGGCAAGCCACGGGUCAGAGGUCACCCACCUGAGACUUGAGAGCUGCCUGCCCCUGGGGUGGUACCGUCUGGCUGGGGAGGGUGACAGAGGCAGGAUGCAAACCUGUGUCGAGUUCCUGCAUAAAUUUUGGAAAGGGGGGUAGAGAUGGAGCCCAGGUAGCAGGAACUCCACCUACAGCAGUAGGCACUAUGACCCCUGGAGGGCCCAGUGCAGCCCCAGGCCACAACUGGACAGCUGGCUCUCUUUGCUCCAGCCACAUGGGACAAAAGGGAUCUUUUGCAUUGCAGAGAUUUUAUACAUAAAUAUAUUUUGUUUGUAAUGAGCCAUUCUCAAUAAACGUUCUCACUGCAGACGAUGGCAUUCUCUGGCCUGCCUCUGCAUUCUUGUCUCCUCCUGAAUUGUGGGCACAGGAGCCGGAGUCCUUGACUGCCCCCCGCAGGUUGAGCUGGGGCUGGAAUCGUUUUCUGCUCCCCAGGCCUGCAUCUCUCCAGUGCUGCAGAGGCCCAGGCAGGUGGUGCUGGAGCUUGAAGGCCCUGGAGCUCAGCUUGACCUUGACUGUGGUUCUUGGAGAUGGCAUGGAAGACAAUCUGGGGGGUGAUGGGGGAGAAGUGGGGGGGACAUAGACCCAUGGAAGGAAACAGAGUGGGAGUCCUGGGAACAGGACUCUAGGCCUCCCUGCACCCCCACCCUUAUCUGCUAGCUGUUGGGCUCUUCUGUAUUCCACUUGAUGAGAAGGCUAUUCUGCAAAGAAAGUGUUUGGAAAUCCUGCCUUAUCUGGCAAGUCAGACCUGCUUGGUCUUCCUGGGAGCUGACAGCCUGGGCCCUAGGCCGGUGGUCUGACCCUGGCCAACAGCUGCCUGGCCCUCCCCAAGCCCUGCACUGUGGGGACAGAUGAGCAGGAGUUCUGACUGGGGCCUCCAAACUGGAGAGCAGCCCUGAAUGCAACUGUGGGAGGAAAAUGACAGAAUGAGGGAGGUGUUAAAGCAGGAAGGACAAAAGUGGGUGAGGCUGGAGUUUCCUGGUGGUUCAGCAGGUUAAGAAUCCAUCAUUGUCACUACUGCGGCUCAGGGCAUUGCUCUGGCUUGGGUUCAGUCCUUGUCCUGGGAACUUUGGCAUGCUGUGGGCUCAGCAAAAAAAAAAAAAAAAA